CCUUUCAUUCUUUGUCAUACCGGUACAACUCCGAAAUACCAAAUCUGAAUACUCUCACAGCUACAGUUGCAAGUUCCCCUUUGAACCAUGAUAUUCCACCCCAAGAACUACGAAAAUUGUUAAUUGAAGGAAGCAAAAAAGUGAAUUUGGAUCCCAUGUUUGAGCUAUUGGUGAAAUCUUCUUCGCUGAAUUUGAUACCAAAUUUGAAAAUAGUAAUGGAUUUCGAGGAAUCAGUACUUUCUACUCGUACGAAUAUUAUGCUUUUGAAAGCACUUCGUACUCAUGCUCAUGACGAUUGUUCUUCCUUAUCAAUCAAGAUUUUCUAUUCACUUAUGGACGACCAUGCAGAAGGUAAGAUCUCCCUUAGCCAAAAUGAAAUUGAACAGGUGUGUCAAACGUUCCUCCAAUGCAUUUCCAGAAGUAACAAUAUCACAAAUCUUCUUACUUUGAAGAACUCAUACCACAACUACAUAUCGGUUUUCAGUCAUAACACUUUACUUGAAAUUAGUUAUUUAUCUGCAUUCAUUCAUAUAUCCUUCAAUGCUUCAAAUUUUCAAGGAGGAAUUGAAAUAUUUGAAUCUUCUUUCUUAAGCGUCACAAAUCUCGAAAUCGAAGGCACCCAUGAUCCUAGCACUGCUUUGACAUACUUGCCAACAAAAAGGUUUUUGGAUUUACUAUGUUCGCAUCAAGACUGGAACAGAUUACUGACAUGGUUGGAGAAAAUUGACAAUAUUAGUGGAGAUUUCAUCACUCCAAAAGACUGGCUUAAAUUUUUGAGCUUUGGACUUAAUAUUGCCAACUACAAUUUGGUUAAAACAGUGUAUGAUCAUUUCAUUAUGAAAGGGUUUGAUAAAGGUAUUACUCGUCAUGAUAUACUUUUCGAUCCUUCUAUAACGAAUAGUGUUACAAAGGAAAACAGAAUUAUAAAACUCAUCAAUGACGAAAUAAUUUUUCAAAUUUUGCAUAUAUUUGCAUUAGAAGGAGAUGUUGGACUGACAUUGCGUUUGAUUGAAUCACAUUAUGUCCAUAAGACUUUAAAGGGUGAAAGAGCAUUGACUCUUGAACUUUGUAUACAAAUUAUUGCUGCAUAUUGUUAUUAUCGAUCGGCCUCCUUGCAUCAGUCUGGUGAAGACGAAGACAUGAUUCGAGUAUUGAAGGUAUUGAAUGGAUUUGUUGUUAAAUUAAAAACCAAAAACAACGCUCAAGAGCUCAUCUCAUAUCGUGAUAUCACCGCUCAUAUGUCUCAUAGGUUUUUGGAAUACAAGGUCAAAGAUAUAAAUGUUGAAAGGGCAAGUCAAAAGAUAAAGAGAAUUGAACAAUCUAUUAAAGACCUGGAAGAGAAUCUAAUCAAUCCGGAUGUUAUUUUACCGAGGAAGAUUAAGAAUGACAACGUAUAUGUGCAUUCUCUGGGGAACAUUCUUGCAAAUUUAACUAUUUUAGAAUCAUUCAUAAACAAGCAUAUAAAUCUAAUGAUUGAUGAAAAGUUCGACGUUGAUACCGUCAAACUUUUCAUUAAUUGCAUAUUAAACCAUAUUAACUUACGCCAAAACUCAUCCGGAAUGAUAAAAGCAUUACUUACUUUAAAAACAUUAAAUUAUAAGGUUGCUUCUGAGUGGCUUAACAAGGAUCUGUUUGAAAUCAUACUUUAUUCUAUAUCAAAUUCAACUGCAUCCAAAUUAACUUCACUAGGAUUAUAUCAAUUUUUCAAAAGCCAGAGCUGGAGUUUGAGCCAUCAUCAAUACAUUGCAUUAAUCACCGCCUCAUUAAGAGGAGACAAAUUCAAUGAUUUACUUGAAUAUUACGUAUAUGAAUACCUUCGAGAUUAUGAU